CCUUUAGAUGGUUCAGCAUUUCUCGUGGCAUCCUGCUGAGGUAAUUCUGUGCAAAUAAUAGGCCUAAGUGUGGAUGGAACGUAUUAGUUUCAAAACCUAGUUAUAUGGUUUUAUACCAUUUUAAUAAUCUCUCAUUAUUACACAAUUUGAGUUCAGGUCACACAGACCUUGCGCUAAAGUUCCCCUGCAGUGGAUGGGAUGUCCCGUUACAUGCGGCGAGAACACUGCAGUCAGCGAUAACGCCUAGGUUGGCUGUCAAUCUGUAGAAAGACCCUCUAUCUCCGAUCAUCUCUAUAAUCUCUAACUCUUAACAUUGUUCGUGCUCAUCCUCAAUUUUUAGCCUUUAUUAACAUGCUGUUUUGACAGAGCAGUGAGACGUUUUUAUAUCCUUUUGGGAGGUUUUCAGAGCGACCAGUCACGUGUCAGCCCCUGUGAGAGCGACUUUGGUUCACGCGACCCUUCUCAAUAAAUCGCAAAUGUUCUGUUGAACUCUGAGGGGGGAAUACACACAGUUAAAUAAAGUUAUGGCUCAUUCAUCCUCAAAGGAACGGGUCCUGCUAUGUCGAAGUAUAUAUAUGUCAAGGAAACUUCAAGUAGAAGCAGCCUAUUAAGUGCACUAUCAAAAGGACAGUGUGCACCUAAAAUGUAGGAAUCUCCCAUCUAGCUCUUCGAGCGCAGAACACCAUCGAUAUUACUUACUAUUGGAGAUCAAGAGUAAAUUCAAAAUCUGAUGGAAGAUUAAGAGUUGUGACUGUAGGUAGGGUGAGUUGAGGGGCUCCAAUGCAACAAUAAAACGCUGAUCUAAAAGAGAGCAACUGGUCCAGCAGAUUUGUAUAUGGUGCAAGGCUAACCUUGACACAGCUGUAGAUGUAUCUCCCUAUCCAGACACACCAGAGGAUGACGCUACAGUAGACAACGGAUCUUUUGAAUUCUCUCUGCUGCUGCUGCUUUCACCAUGCUACCUAAAGAACACAACAGCGAGCCCAAGGCUGCCAAGCUCAGCCUGUUCAACAGAAAUAACGCCCUGAAUGCCUGUAUGAAGAAAGAGGAGAAGAAAGAGAAGGAGAUUCAUUAUGACGAUUCCCCAGAUGGUGGCUGGGGCUGGAUGGUCGUACUUCACUGCUUCCUGGUGAAUGUGCUGGUGAUGGGGACCCUGAAGACGUUUGGGAUCUUCUUUGUGACAUUCCAGGAUGAGUUCGGAGGGUCGGCAGAGAGUAUCAGCUGGAUCGGCUCGAUCAUGUCUAGCCUGCGGCUCUCUGGAGGUCCCCUGGCCGCUGUAUCGUGUGCGAAGCUGGGGAACAGAGUGACCUCUAUAGCUGGGGCUGUGCUGGUCAGUGUUGGCUUCCUCAUGAGUGUCUUUGCCACCAGUGUGGUAUUCCUAUACAUCAGCAUGGGGCUGAUUGUGGGCCUGGGUUUUGCACUCCUGUACCAAGCCACCUCUGUUGUCACGGCAACAUAUUUCCGUAAGAGGUUAGCGACGGCAUACUCCAUCGGGCGGUCUGGCAUGGGCUUGACCUUCGCCCUCGCCCCUUUCACUCAGCUGCUGCUGGAUCAGUAUGCCUGGCAAGGAGCUCUGCUGAUCCUAGGAGGCCUGAUGUUAAACCUGGUGGCCUCUGGGAUGCUGCUAAGACCCAUCCACAUUAAGCCUGCACCACCCCCUUCCUCAUCCUCAUCUUCAUCUAUCCAAAAAAGCCUUCUGAUAGAUCCAGAGAAGGAGAAGGACCGCCCUCAGAAUGGAUGCUGCUUUAACAGAUCCACAAUGUUAACCAAUGGCAUCACCAAAUCAGACUCUUCUCCUUCCACUCCACAACCCCUGCAUUGGGACACUGAGACCUCAGAGAAGGUCUCCACACAUGGGUUGGGUCAGAGCAACUACAUCCCCCCACCUCCACCAAACCCUGAACUGACCAAGCUGGUACAAAACAGUGUGAACAGGCACGUUCAGGAGGCAUCCCCUCCCACAGCCACCAUAGACAGCCCCAGCCUCAUGGAACAGAACGGUACCAUUAGCCUAAACGGUUCCGCUGUGUUUGGGUUCUCCUCACCUAAUGUUUCUACCACUGUGGAUGAUCACAUCCCACCGGCUGUGAAAAAUAACAGAGUCCUAGACUUCUCCCUGUUGAAGAACCCCUUCUUCUGCAUCUACACUUGGUCCGUGGUAUUCAGCCAGCUGGCUUACUUCAUCCCCUACUUCCACUUGUCUGCCCGGGCCAGGAACCUGGGUAUAGAUGCCAUGGAUGCUUCCUUCAUCAUCUCUGUGGCAGGUAUCACAGAGACUAUAGCCCAGCUAGGCUCUGGUUGGCUAGCGGAUAAGAACCCGUUCCAUAAGUACCACUACCACAAGGCCUACCUGAUCCUGUGUGGAAUGGUCAACCUGUUUGCCCCGCUGGCUAACACCUACAUCCUGCUCAUGGUUUACGCUGUCUUCUUUGCCAUCUUCUGUGGCGGUUACAUGGCACUGCUACUGCCUGUCCUGGUGGAUCUGGUAGGGCAAGAGAAACUCAACAACUCCAUGGGAUUUUCUAUGUUCUUCGUAGGCCUCGGCUGUCUGACAGGACCUCCUCUCGCAGGUUUCCUGUAUGACUACACCCAGACCUACGACUGCUCCUUCUACCUAGCGGGGGUGUGUUACCUGCUCUCCUCUGUCUCUCUCUUCCUGGAGCCCGUGGCGAGGAGGUGGCAGAGCAGAAAGACGAGACGCGAGGCCCGCGAUGUAGACACCAGCUGGAAGACUAACGGCUGCUUCUGCCCUGAGCUUCCUAUCCUAAAGAACAGCAACAACAAUGGCGUCGUCUAGAGGGUAGUUUCACCCCAGCUAGCACAUUUGGUUCCUUGGAAGUUCGUAUGCAAAAUAACCAUAGGGCAAUCACCAUGCCUUAACAAUCACUACGGGAGCAGUAUGCUAGCUGAGGGACAUUACCAUACUCACCUUCAUUAAGCCUGGAAUCAUGUAGAUGGAGGGAGGACAGGGUUGGCUUCCUGUUCCUAAUAUAUGUCAUUUAGCAGACACUUGAUAAUUAUUCAAAGCGACUUACAGUAAAGUGAGUACAGACAUUUUGGGGAUUUGUGAUCCCAGCGGGAAUCGAACUUGCGACCUUGGCACUACUAGCACCAUUGCUCUUACUGAGACACACGUAACCAUGUAGAAGGAGGGAGAGCAGAGUUGGCUGCUUCCCCUUUCUCUCUCCUUCCUUAAAACAAGCAUGUGCCAACUGUGCCAGUUACCCAGCUUUUGGGUGGACUGAAAUGACUCUGCUGCUUUGGCGAAAGCCAAGGAAUACCCAACUGACUGACUGUCUGACUGAGGAGAAAGCCAAGGAAUACCCAACUGACUGACUGUCUGACUGAGGAGAAAGCCAAGGAAUACCCAACUGACUGACUGUCUGACUGAGGAGAAAGCCAAGGAAUACCC